AUGGAAGAGGAGGGGACGGCAAGGAGGGGUAGUGCGUCGACGGUGCAGUCAUAUCAAUUGUAUACGCCAGACGAGGAACGGGCUGUUGUUAAGAAAUUUGAUCGGAAGUUGGUGUUAUUUGUAGCCUUGCUUUAUAUGCUGAGUUUUUUGGACCGGUCAAAUAUCGGGAAUGCGAAGAUUGCGGGGCUGGAUAUUGAUCUGGAUUUGGAUUCGAAUCGAUUUGAGUGGUGUAUAUGGGGUUUCUAUCUUGCGUACAUCUGCUUCGAGUGGAUGAGCGUGUUGUGGAAGAUUGUGCCGGCUCACAUAUACGUUACGGUCAUUGUGCUAUCGUGGGGGAUCAUUGCUUCAUUACAAUCGGUCGCUACGUCCUUUGCAGGCUUGCUCGUUCUACGGAUCCUAUUAGGAAUUGGAGAGGCAGGUUUUACUGGGAUACCGUUCUACCUCUCGUUCUUCUUCAAGCGGGAAGAGCUGGCUCUACGGACGGGGUACUUUAUAUCUGCGGCUCCGCUGGCAACAACAUUUGCUUCUACCUUAGCAUGGGGAAUUAUCAAGUUGGGCAGACAUGGCCCCAUAGCAGCAUGGCGACUCCUCUUCCUCGUCGAAGGAUUCCCCAGCGUCCUCGUAGCCGUCAUAGCCUGGCGCACCAUCCCCGACUCCCCCUCCACAGCCUCCUACCUCACCUCGCGAGAGAAGAAAGUCGCCCGCCUACGGCUCCGCAAAGAAAAAGAGGGGCGCUCCACCACCCAAACCUCCAGCCAUGGUCUCAACGCCAAAGAAAUGCUCGCCACAAUCACAGACCCGAAAUCCUACCUCACAGCCUUCAUGUUCUUCUUCACCAACAUGGCCUUCUCCUCCAUGCCCGUCUUCCUCCCGACCAUCAUCCACGAAAUGGGCCACUCGGUCCUCGUCUCACAAGCCCUCUCCGCCCCACCGUACCUGCUCUCCUUCAUCAUCGUGAUCCUGACCGCCUACCUUUCCGAUCGGCUGCAAAAUCGCUGGUGCUUCGUGCUCUUCCACUCCCUACUCUCCGCUUUCGGCUACGCAUUCAUCGCCUUUGCCGGGUACUUCAAUCUCGGCACCUGGUGGCGAUACGCGGGUCUCUAUCCCGCCGCCAUCGGUUUCUUUUCCGUGAUAACCAUCAUCAUAACAUGGACGAUCAAUAACCAGGAAUCGGAGUCUAAACAAGGAACCGGAUUCGCGAUGCUGCAGUUGAUAGGCCAGUGUGGGCCGUUGGUGGGAACGAGGCUUUAUCCCGAGAGGGACGCGCCGUUGUAUCUUAGGGGCAUGGCGAGUAAUGCGGGGGCGAUGUGCUUGGUGGCUUUGCUAUGUGGGAUUUUGAGGAUUUAUCUUGGGAGGCUGAAUAGGAGGACGGAGAGGGAGUAUGGGGGUGUGGUAGGGGAGGCGGGGAUGGGGCUUGUGGAUGGGGGAGUGGAGAAGCAUGGGAGGGCGUUUGAGUAUAUGCUUUAG